AAAGAGGAGGGAGGACCAUGCCUGAGAAGAAAUCCUGGAGUUCAGACAGCCGUCCCAAAUGUGGCAUCCGCAGCUGGAGUGUAGACAGCUACGUGUGGAGCAGCAAGAAACGCUCCCGGAGUUCCCGGAAAACCCCCGGCCUUUGGGGUCCGGAGGGGGAGGGACCGAUAGAUGAGCAGGGGGUGCGUUCCACCUCGUGUCCGUGGCGACGGCGAGAGAGGAAGUGUAGCUGCACCGUCUUAGGGGAAAUCGACACGGACAUCCCCUGUCGAAAAGCCCUUUCUCGACGCUCCCUCCGGCAGAAGUUCCAGGAUGCGGUGGGUCAGUGUUUCCCUCUCCGCAAUGGCCACCAUCACCACCACGGCCACUCAACAGGGUCCUCCAGGGGGGCUUUCUCUGUGCUCCUCUGGUCCAAGCGCAAGAUCCACAUCUCGGAGCUCAUGCAGGACAAGUGUCCCUUCUCACCCAAGUCGGAGCUGGCUCACUGCUGGCACCUCAUCAAGAAGCACGCCAGCCACCCCAGCACCACCGUGGGCCUAGAGACUGCCCAAGCUGCUCAGGCUUCCCAGGCUGCCAGCAAAGAACAAUUCCCUUCCACAUCCUCGUCUCCGGCUUCGAUGCCUCUUUCCUGGGAGGGCAUUUGCUCAAGUAGGCCCCUGAGCCUUGAGGACUGGGACCCGUCCUGUCCACAAGGUGGAGCAGCCCAUGGUGACAGCCAUACCGACUACAUCCUUGUCCCGGACCUCCUCCAGAUCAACAACAGCCCGUGUUACUGGGGCGUGCUUGACCGCUUCGAAGCCGAGGAGCUCCUGGAGGGCCAGCCAGAGGGCACCUUCCUCCUGCGCGACUCGGCCCAGGACGAAUUCCUCUUCUCAGUCAGCUUCCGCCGCUACAGCCGUUCCCUCCAUGCACGCAUUGAGCAGAACGGCAAGCGCUUCAGCUUCGACGGACGCGACCCGUGCAUGUACCGGGACCCGAGUGUCACGGGCCUGCUCCGGAACUACAGCGACCCGGCCACAUGCCUUUUCUUCGAGCCCCUCCUUGCUCUCCCCCUGCCCCGGACUUUCCCCUUCACCCUGCAACACCUGUGCCGCGCCGUGAUCUGUAGCUGCACUACGUACCAGGGCAUUGAUAUCCUUCCACUUCCCUAUCAGCUCAGGUACUAUCUUAGACAGUACCACUACAAGUGCAAUGGGGCUUGUGCAGUGUAGAAAAAUUAUAAUUACCUACUAUCAUUAUUGUCCCAUAGGUUACUACUCUUCCAUAUUGACAAUGAUUUAUCAGUUUUCAGAGACCUGUGAAGAUCCUUCCUGCAGUCGCAAGAUGGGUGCUUUGUAGACUUUUUUAUUUCCUUGUGGGACACACAAGAGACUUGAAUGGGUGGGGGAGGGAGAGUGAGAUGAUUUGAAUGAAUGUCAGAGUGAAUGAUUGCAUUAUUACAGACAAAUGGACAAAUGUAACAUCCCAAUACAAUAAUCAUUGCCUCCCCUACUGCCUUCUUACAGUAACUUAAUGAGCGAUAACACUCAGAAACACUUUUAGUAUGUACAUUUACACAUUUAAUGCAAUAUGGGAGGACAGUUUAAAAGUGGUUACAUGGCCGUGCAACACAUAGUCCUUGUUUUUAUACAGAACUUUUUUGGAUUUUCAGUCUUGUAACUAGAGGAUGCAGAGGGCUGCAGUCUUAUCUGAGGCCACAAGAUGGCAAUAUAAAUGCACUAUUCACACCCAUGGUAUGUUUACAGAUGCAUUACAAGUGGGUUUGUCUUGGUUGCCACAACAUUUCAUUGUUUUUUUCAGUCCCAGAAAAGUACAUACAGUGCCUUCAGAAAGUAUUCAUACCCCUUGACUUUUUCUGCAUUUUGUUGUGUUACAAAGUGGGAUUAAAAUGGAUUUAAUUGUCAACGAUCUACCUGAAAUAAUCUGGAAUGUCAAAUGGAAGAGAAAUUAUAUAUAUUACCGUUCAAAAGUUUGGGGUCACUUAGAAAUGUCCUUGUCUUUGAAAGAAAAGCUCAUUUUUUGUCCAUUAAAAUAACAUCAAAUUGAUCAGAAAUACAGUGUAGACACUGUUAAUGUUGUAAAUGACUAUUGUAGCUGGAAACAGCUGAUUUUUAAUGGAAUAUCUACAUAGGCGUACAGAGGCCCAUCAUCAGCAACCAUCACUCCUGUUGUGUUAGCUAAUCCACGUUUAUCAUUUUAAAAGGCUAAUUGAUCAUUAGAAAACCCUUUUGCAAUUAUGUUAGCACAGCUGAAAACUGUUGUCUGAUUAAAGAAGCAAUAAAAACUGGCCUUCUUUAGACUAGUUGAGUAUUUGGAGCAUCAGCAUUUGUGGGUUCGAUUACAGGCUCAAACUUUCUUCUCAAACUCGUCAGUCUAUUCUUGUUCUGAGAAAUUAAGGCUAUUCUUCAACUGGCAGCUUCAUUAAAUAUAGUGCCAGCAAAACACCAGUCUCAACGUUAACAUGCUGGCCUUCUAAGCAGAGUUGCAAAGAAAAAGCCAUAUCUCAGACUGGCCAAUAAAAAUAAAAGAUUAAGAUUGGCAAAAGAUUACAGACACUGGACAGAGGAAGAUUGGAAAAAAAGUGUUAUGGAGAGACAAAUCUAAGUUUGAGGUGUUCGGAUCACAAAGAAGAACAUUUGUGAGGAGCAGAAAAAAUGAAAAGAUGCUGGAGGAGUGCUUGAAGCCAUCUGUCAAGCAUGGUGGAGGCAAUGUGAUGGUCUGGGGGUGCUUUGGUGGUGGUAAAGUGGGAGAUUUGGACUUGAAGAAUGAAAGCUGUCACACCAUUUUGCAACGCCAUGCCAUACCCUGUGGACGGCGCUUAAUUGGAGCCAAUUUCCUCCUACAACAGAACAAUGACCCAAAGCACAGCUCCAAACUAUGCAAGAACUAUUUAGGGAAGAAGCAGUCAGCUGGUAUUCUGUCUAUAAUGGAGUGGCCAGCACAGUCACCGGAUCUCAACCCUAAUUGAGCUGUUGUGGGAGCAGCUUGACCGUAUGGUACGUAAGAAGUGCACAUCAAGCCAAUCCAAUUUGUGGGAGUUGCUUCAGGAAGCAUGGGGUGAAAUCUCUUCAGAUUACCUCAACAAAUUGACAACUAGAAUGCCAAAGGUCUGCAAGGCUGUAAUUCCUGCAAAUGGAGGAUUCUUUGACGAGAGCUAGGACACAAUUAUUAUUUCAAUUAAAAAUCAUUAUUUAUAACCUUGGCAACAUCUUGACUAUAUGUCCUAUUCAUUUUGCAACUCAUUUCAUGUAUGUUUUCAUGGAAAACAGGACAUUUCUAAGUGACCCCAAACUUUUGAACGGUAGUGUGUAUAUAUUUUUAUUAAUGGGAAAUAAAACACUAUAUCUUGAUUAGAUAAGUAUUCACCCUCUGAGUCAAUAUAUGUUAGAAUCACCUUUGGCAGCGAUUACAGCUGUGAGUCUUUCUGGGUAAAUCUCUAAGAGCUUUGAACACCUUGAUUGUACAAUAUUUGCCAAUUAACUUUUAAAACAUUCAUCAAGCUCUGUCAAGUAGGUUGUUGAUCAUUGCUAGACAGACAUUUUCAAGUCUUGCCAUAGAUUUCCAAGCCAAUAUAGGUCAAAACUGUAAUCAGGCCACUCAGAAGCAACUCCAGUGUAUAGCCUUGUGUUUUAGGUUAUUGUCCUGCUGAAAGUUGAAUUUGUCUCCCAAGUGUCUGUUGGAAAGCACACUGAACCAGGAUUUCCUCUAGCCACUACAACACAACACUAAACAAAACAUGAAUACAUUUUAAAUAAAAAACAAUUCUCCUCAAUUUCGUGGUAUCCAAUUGGUAGUGACAGUCUUGUCUCAUCGCUUCAACUCCUGCACGGACUCGGGAAAGGCGAAAGCCGAGAGCCGUGCGUCCUCUGACACACAACCCAACCAAGCCACAAUGCUUCUUGACACAAUGCCCACUUUAACCCGGAAGCCAACCGCACCAAUGGGUCGGAGGAAACUCCGUACACCUGGCGACCGUGUCUACGUGCACUGCACCUGGGCCACCACAGGAGUCGCUAGAGAACGAUGGGACAAUGACAUCCCUGCAGGCCAAACCCUUCGCUAAUCUGAACGAUGCUGGGCCAAUUGUGCGCCGCCCCAUGGGUCUCCCGGUUGCGGCUGGCUGCGACAGAGCCUGGACUCGAAUCCAGAAUCUCUAGUGGCACAGCUAGCACUGUGAUGCAGUGCCUUAGACCACUGCACCGCUCGGGAGGCCUUUAAAUGUAUUUUUAUCCUAAAAAACUCCCCUAGUCCUUGCCGAUGACAAGCAUACCCUUAACAUGAUGCAGCCACCACCAUUCUUGAAAUAUAAAGAUUGGUAUGCAGCGAUGUUUUGUGUUAGAUUUGCUCCAAAUGGAAUGCUUUGUAUUCAGGACAAAAAGUGUAUUUCUUUGCCGAAUGUUUUACUGUUUUACUUUAGUGCCUUAUUGCAAACAGGAUACAUGUUUUGGAAUAUUUUUUAUUCUGUACAGGCUUCCUUCUUUUCACGCUGUCAUUUAUGUUAGUAUUGUGGAGUAACUUCAAUGUUGCUGAUCCAUCCUCAGUUAUCUCCUGCCACAACCAUUCAACUCUGUAACUGUUUUAAAGUCACCAUUGGCCUCAUAGUGAAAUCCCUGAGGGGUUUACUUUCUCUCCAGCAACUGAGUUAGAAAGGAGGCCUGUAUCUUUGGAUGGUGUAUUGAUACCCCAUCCAAUGUGUAAUUAAUAACUUCCCCAUGCUCAAAGGUAUAUUCAAUGUCUGCUUUUUAAACAGGAUGGGUGUCCCCUCAAUGGGAAGGUUAAGCUAACGUAGACUAAUGUGAUUACCAUGAGGCUUUACGUAACAUGAAAAGUUCCUAGGACAUAGACAUAUCUGAAAUGGGCAGAAAGCUUAAAUUCUUGUUAAUCUAACUGCACUGUCCAAUUUACAGUAGCAAUUACAGUGAAAGAAUAUCAUGCUAUUGUUUGAGGAGAGUGCACAAUUAUGAACUGAAAAUGUAUGAAUAAACCAUUAAGGCACAUUUGGGCAGUCUUGAUACAAUAUUUUGAACAGAUAUGCAAUGGUUCAUUGGAUCAGUCUAAAACUUUGCACAUACACUCCUGCUAUCUAUGGGCCAGCAUCUAAAUUGUCCUCGGGCUGGAAUACUACAUUAUGGCCUUUCUCUUGCAUUUCAAAGAUGAUGCUAUAAAAAAAGCAUGUUUUUUUCUUUGUAUUAUCUUUUACCAUAUCUAAUGUGUUAUAUUCUCCUACAUUAAUUUCACAUUUACACAAACUUCAAAGUGUUUUCUUUCAAAUUGUAUCAAGAGUAUGCAUAUCCUUGCUUCAGGUCCUGAGCUACAGGCAGUUAGAUUUGGGUAUGUAAUUUUAGGCGAAAAUUGAUCCAUUUACCAAUAAGUGCCCUUCUUUGAGAGGCAUUGGAAUACCUCCUUGGUCUUUGUGGUUGAAUCCGUGUGUGAAAUGUGCUACUCGACUAAGGGACUGUACAGAUAAUUUCAUGUGUAGGGUACAAAGAUAAUGUCCAAUAAUGUUUGUAUCAUGUUUUGUGCUGCUAUCAUGUUGUGUUGUUACCAUGUUGUUGUCAUGUUGUGUUGCUACCAUGCUGUGUUGUCAUGUGUUGCUGCCUUGCUAUGUUGUUGUCUUUAGGUCUCUCUUUAUGUAGUGUUGUGUUGUCUCUCUUGUCAUGAUGUGUGUUUUGUCCUAUAUUUAUAUGUUUUUUUUUUAUAUAUAUUUUUAUCCCAGCCCCCUUCCCCGCAGGAGGUCUUUUGCCUUUUGGUAGGCCGUCAUUGUAAAUAAGAAUUUGUCCUUAACUGACUUGCCUAGUUAAACAAAGGUUUAAAAAAAUAAAAAUAAUAAUAAUAAUAAUUAGGUAGUCAUUAAAAAAUAAUGUUAAACACUAUUAUUGCACAAAGAAUCCAUGCAACUUAUUAUGCAACUUAUGCAACUUAUUACUUAUUAUUUUACUCCCAAACUUAUUUAACCUUGCCAUUACAAAAGGGUUGAAUACUUAUUGACUCAAGACAUUUGAGCUUUUCAUUUAAAAAAACAACAUAAUUCCACUUCGACAUUAUGGGGUAUUGUGUGUAGAUCAGUGGCACACAAUCUCAAGAUAACCCAUUUCAAAUUCAGGCUGUAACACAACAAAAUGUGGAAAAAGUCAAGGGGUGUGAAUACUUUCUGAUGGCACUGUAAAAUGGAUACUGUUUCAUGUUAGCACUUUUUAGAGAGGCCAGAUACCUCAUUAUUCUGAUAUAUUGAAUUAUGGUCUUCUUAAUAUUGUUUCCUCAAAAUGCUCAAAUUUUCAACCACCCAAACAACUUUUAAAAUAAUAAUAAUAAUAAUUCCAAUUUCCCUACAUGGAUACUAUAUUCUACUUCCAAACACAACCAAUAAAUGCUCCAUUGUCAAA